AUGCACCAAUUAAUGACACCUCUGGCCCUUCGGGCCUUGCGGACCCUAGUACACCGUCCAGCACUCACAUCGACCCCCUUCCGCACCCUGACAACCUCCACUCUAACCUGCCAAACCCCGAGUCCACGCUUCACCUUUAAGCCCGUCUUCCGCACGCAAACCGCCUUCACCUUCUCCGGCGUGACCCGCCAAUUCUCCAGCUCCCCGAUCAUCCGCGCAACCUACAACCAAGUGCGCCGCGGCUGUCGCAAGGGCCAGCGUGCGCGUCGAGGCCGGUCUCCGGCUUUGAAGGACCACCCGUCGCUGAAGGGCGUGUGUCUCAAGACCGGUAUCACCAAGCCUAAGAAGCCUAACUCCGGCGAGCGCAAGAUUGCUCGUGUGCGUCUGAGUACGGGCAAGGUCGUUACUACAAUUAUCCCCGGCGAGGGCCACAAUAUCCAGCAGCAUAGUGUGGUUCAGGUGCGUGGUGGCAGAGCCCAGGAUUGUCCUGGUGUUAAGUAUCACUUGGUUCGUGGUGCUAUGGAUUUGGGUGGUGUUGGAAGCCGUGUUUCCUCUCGGUCGAAGUACGGAACCAAGAAGCCCAAGGGCAACUAA